CUUCAGCUACAGCAGCUGAAACCUUUUUUGAAGUCAUGGAGUCACAUCUGCAAAAACGAUUCUUAUGAGAAGGAUGUGGGGGGAGGGGUCGUCACUAGCUUCAGUAGCCACAAAGUUAUAAAUCGGGAGUGGGUACCAAACUUGGAUUACAGUACUUCCUGCCUGUGCCUUGCCAGGCCCAAUUCCUGUAACUUUAGCUAGCGAGGGAGCCAGAGGAGAGGAGCUGGGAUGGCGGAAAAGAGCCCUGACUUCAGCGGCUCAGUUGGCCAGUGUCCCGCCCUGUCUCCAGAAGAGAGAAUGCAGUCACCUGGGAUCGGAGCAUCCAAAUGGGUCCGUCUGAAUGUCGGUGGGACAUACUUUCUCACAACGAGGCAAACGUUGUGCCGAGACGCAAAAUCUUUCCUGUACCGUCUGUGCCAGGCCGACCCCGACCUCGACUCUGACAAGGAUGAAACAGGUGCCUAUUUGAUAGACCGAGACCCAACGUACUUUGGUCCAGUGCUCAACUACCUGAGGCAUGGGAAACUGGUACUCAAUAGAGGCCUUGCAGAGGAAGGUGUACUGGAAGAGGCUGAAUUCUACAAUAUCACUUCUUUGAUCAAGCUAAUUAAAGACAAAAUCAGGGAGAGGGACUGCAAAACAGUUCAGCUCCCUGUAAAACAUGUCUACAGAGUCUUGCAGUGCCAAGAAGAGGAGCUAACACAAAUGGUUUCCACCAUGUCAGAUGGUUGGAAGUUUGAGCAGUUGGUCAGUAUUGGCUCCUCAUAUAACUAUGGAAACGAAGACCAGGCAGAGUUCCUGUGUGUUGUCUCUAAGGAGCUACAUAACCAGUCAUAUGGCACAAGCAGUGAACCAAGUGAAAAGGCCAAGAUUCUUCAAGAACAAGGCUCUCGAAUGUGACGAGACUGUGCAGUCCUUAGGAUUGCGUCCUGCCAUGAUGUCCAGAUUUAAAGACACGAACCACAUCACAUUCUGAGGAACGUUAUGGCACGCUGAAGAAGCUGGCUAAUGUGGUCUACACAUUGUACACACCAUUUUUCUUUCAGACAUCAAAUCAAAAUGCGCAAUCGAUAGCGUUACACUUUUUUUUGUGCCUACAUAGUAAAACUGGACUGUAGAUUUUCACACAGAGAGAAGGGCCUUAUCACUCAAAUACGCAGGAAAUAUUGUCCACAGCAUUUAUACUUGGUCCAUCAUUUACUCAGGGUCUCUAAUAGUGUUUUGGAAGAUGCAUUAGGCGUGCACUGUCUGGUGGGACAUUAUUUCAAACAUCCAUGCAUACUACAUUAUGCGAGUCCUUCACAUACAAAAAUCUAACCUCUUCGAGAAGUUAAUUGGAAAGCAUGUUUUAAAAGUUAGAUAUUUAAGACUGUAUUUAUAAGGAGUUGUAUAGAUUCAUACUGUCUUGUUAGAGGCAAAGACUGUGUUGACAGUUUAUUUAUAUUUUACAUAUCUUUAAACAGAUUAUUUAUGUCCCUUCCCAAAUAUCCCUUCAACCUGCACAUUAUCAGUUGUUUGGAAGGAGGACAUUCUUAUAACUACUUCUACCAGGGUUAAUGAGGUUGGGGUGAUGUUAGGGAAUGCCAGACGUUAAAGGACUAAAAGUUGUCUUCCAUCCCUGGACUCUGGCGUGUUUUAGUUGGGUUGCCUGUUAGGCAGCCACUGUGGAACUGGAACACAUUGUUAUAUUUUAGAGGACAUGAUAUACCUAGAGCCAUUUGAUAGGCACAUUUUUUCACAUUGACAUAUGACAGUGACCGGGCCUGUUUUCCAUUUUAUGUGGGAAAGAAAAGCCUUUUUCUCUUGCAUGAAUUUGUGCACAUCUGUUUGUUUGUGUGUAUACACAACCCUUACGCUUCUGCGGAUUUACUAUAUUGAGCCUUGACAGGGCUGUAUACCAUGCAAAAAUACAUCAAACUGUGGCUGGAGACUAUGCAAUCAUGCAAGUUCUGAGCUAAAGUGCUUUGGUCGUGUAUUUAUGAAAAGAUUGGCAAUUAUAAUCUGUGGUCAUUACCAUAGUUCAAUUUGUAGCUGGUUGAGCUACUUAUUGAAUACAUUAACAAUGUCAGUUUAUGAAAACAUUUCUUUUGGAAAAUGUUGCCUUUCUUCUAUGUCCAAAUCAAUGUCUGAAUUACAACUUUAAUCUGAUUUUCUUUUGUCAGGAAUAAGGACAUUUCUUUGGUAGUCUACAUGCGUAUCUAUGAGGAGUUGUACAUAGAGGAAGUCUAAUAAUAUUAAGAUGUGUUAUCAGUGUAUACUAUUUCUUCCUAACACACACUAAGGGCUUUAACUAGUGGAAUACAAGCUAUAAUCUCUGUAGAGGUCAAUUGGACCCCUCCUAUUGCCUGAUCAAGGUGAAGUUUACAUGUCUAGUGUUUUAUAAUCCAGAUUUUACCCUACCUUGCCAUUGUGACACAACCCUCUAAUUCGGCUGGUUUAAACAUCUGUAUAGUACUAUGUUUACAUAUCCCAGAAACCCAGGUAGUUGCUGUCAGCCAUGUAUCUAGUACGCAGACGGAUAGUUUUCCAAAAUUUUCCAUGGACAGUUUUUCUUGGUCACUGAGUUGUCUUGUGGUGAUAAGUGCCUCUUUUGCCCCUGAGGCUUCACAGUGCAUGUGGAAUCUGUGUAGCACUGAUGCCCAUAACCACACGGGCUCACUGUUUGUGUCCACCCUGCAGUGACAGUGAAGACAUUCUGAACAGUGUGGGCCAUGUGUGUCUAGUGUGGUGUCCUUUGACUGCUGAUUCUUAAACACAGGAGGUGUCAGCCAUUGCAUGCAUGGCCUGAUGCACCUUCCACCAUGCCCUCAGCUCUGCAGGACACCACUUCAUUCCACUGUGACACUUCAGCUCCUGUUUGACCGUUAUUUUCUAGAAUGCUUAUCAAGACACAAAUGUGAUCCCUCUUUGAGGCUGCUGUGGGUUUCUAAUGGGACAUUGUUCCAGUUUUCCAUUAAUCUGUUAAAUGUAUAUAUAUAUAUUUUUUAGGAACAGAGGCAGACAAUUGUUAUUUGCUCCAUUUCAUCACUGCUGUUCCUAUAUAUUAGUAUCCUCAAAUGUUUUGUAUUUUUUAUGCUUACUGUAUAUACAUACUAUAUUAUAUGUAUGUAAUAGCAAGUUUUGACUGGGGGUAAUGGAAAUGAUGGUGAUGCUAGACCUGGUGAAUUUAAUCAAUAAAUGGUCAUGAAUUCAA